AUAGAGGAGAGCCACGUGGGUUUGUUUACACGGUGAAGGGAGUCUGAGGCGGCGGACACUCAGCCUGCGGUAGUUGACGGGAUAAUAAAACAAAAAUAGCAGGAUGAGGCCAUUAAAUAACGAAGAGACCACUCUGGUGUUCAGCAAGCUGAAGAACUACAUUGGUAGUAAUGUCAGGGCCCUACUUGAACGCUCUGAUGGGCUCUAUUGCUUCCGUCUUCACAAUGGCAGAAUUUACUACGUCAAAGAGGACAUUAUGAAAUUUGCAGCAACUUUACCUCGUGAAAAUAUUAUAUCGCUGGGAGUUUGUUUUGGCAAAAUAACAAAGGGAGGAAAGUUCCUGGUACACAUUACAGCCUUGGAGUUUCUUCAUCCAUAUUGUCAGAACAAAAUUUGGCUCAAAGAAUCUGCUGAACAAAAUUUCAUGUACGGUAAUCAUGUUUAUAAAUCUGGCCUGUCAAGAAUUUCAGAAAAUACUCCAAAAUAUGCUGGUGUUGUUGUUUAUUCAUCAAAGGACAUUCCAUUGGGCUUUGGCGUAGCAGCUAAGGCAACAGCCGAGUGCCGACAUGCUGACCCCAUGGAUAUUGUGUGCUUUCAUCAAGCGGAUAUUGGAGAAUAUAUCAGAAAUGAGGAUACACUUGUUUAAGAUUUAUUUUUAAUAUUUAUUUCUACAUUAAAAAUAUCAAAUAAUACAAGUUGUUCCACAGCUAUAGUAUUUUCUUAAUAAACAGCAAAUGUUUGGUGGGUUUUGAUACACUACUCAUUGAAGUGACAGUACAGUAUUUAUUACGUGGUAUUAAGAUUUGUAUUCUGAAGCACUUUAUAUUUUGUCAGUAUUGUACCGACAUGUUGUCUUUCUUAUGAAAUUUAUUAUCAAUUAUUUUGCUUUUUAUUUUAAUUAAUGUUGCUUUCUUAUGUGUAUAUGAUAUAUGCAAGUUAGUUUUCACUAGUUAGGAGUAGACCAAUCCUACUAUACUAUUUCUAAUAUCCAUAAGUAAUAUAUGAUUUUGCUGAAAUAGAAAAUCCAUGUGCAAGUACUGUAAUAUGCAAGUCACAGUGACUCAAAAAGGUAUUAUGUGUAUCUUUUAAUAUGAAUGGGCCACAGUAAGUGUUACUCAUUUGUGCUGGCCAAAAUCUAAAAUAAAAUAAAAUAAUACUAGUGGUAAAUAAAUGUUUCUGUUCAUGUUUCUUUUUGAAGGACAGAAGAUUAAGUGUCAGGAAAUAUAUUAGCUUGUUGCAAAUAACUGAUUAAAUGAAACGGCUUGACUAUGUUCUUUUAAAAGUUAGAAAAUACAAUAUUGUAGUUUUUAAUUGUACUCGUUAAAUAAUGAUUUUUACAUUAAAUAUUAUAUUGAUAUUUAUUAAAAAGAGAUUAUAAUGCCAGUGUGAUUUUAGAAGUACUGUAUAAUUCAUGGUUUUCUUAAGGAAUAUUGAAAGAAAACACUUGAGCUUUAUUGUUAAAAUAUAAUGGCCAAGAAUUACUGUAGGUCAGUAAAUAUUUUGUUACAUGUACUGUAUUGUCAACUGUACCUUGAUUUAUAUUUCUAAUAAAAUAUUAGGUUUAACUGCCA